CCACCUCUUCUGUCAAAACGAGGAGCUGCUACAGCCUCUACUCAAACCCCGGGGGAUCGAGACACCGACGCGGCAGUUCUGCUCCGGAGCGGAUGGAGGAUCAACCUUGAAGAAAGGACGAGGGCGGUGUUUGUUGCAGGUUUAGCAUGACUUCCAGCAGCCGAGGAACAACAGACUGUAAGCAGCGAUCUCCAGGAGACGUAAACAUUGCCAUGCCCUGCUUCAUGCGCCACCUCCUCCUGCCAUCCUCCUCCUCCUCCGCUGGUCCAGGACAGAGGGAGCUUUUUUAGGGGGAACAGAGGGGAAGAACGACGCUGUUGUUGGAGGUAGAUAUUUUGCAGACGUGGUGAAGUUGUGUUCGGGAUAGGAGGCUGCAGCGGGCCACAGUCUGCACUCUGAGUGUCCUGCAUCCUGACUUUGCUGUGUCCGUGUUGUGCGGCCAUGCUGCAGGCAGCAUCCUCCGACCUGUUCCCGACUUGAGCUGUUCUCUUUGGGAUUAUAAACAACUUCCUACAAGCAGAAAACUCCCUGCUCCUCCUCUUUAUGCUUUCAAGUGGCCUCUGGGAUUAUUAACAGAUCUGUUCUAUUCGAAGUGAUAAUGAACAUUUUUUAAAGUAAUUACUUUCCCCUCAAAGCUUCACUUUUCAGCCCAGGACUGUAUUUUCAUUUAAAAAAUGUGAGCAGCUGUAGACAUUUUAAUGAGCAAAACAUCUCCAACAUUAAUCAGACCUCCUCUGCAUGACUCCUCAGUGGGACCAGUGUCGUUAUUAUCACAGCUCAUCUUAACGCAGCACCAUGGGGGCAAAGCAGACCAAAGGCCAGGAGCCAGGAGCCAGCCCACAGCACAGCUGGAAGCGGACUCCCACCAAGGAGCGGGGUGACAUCUUGGCCUCACUCAUGCUGAAGUCAGGGGACCGGCUGAACCGUGGUGGGACGCCUCCGCCGCCCUACCAGCGCCGUAUCGGCAUGAUCCAGGAGAUGAUGCUUAUGGCCAAACAGGGCAAACAGGACGAGGCCACAGAGAUGCUCAAGACCCUCAGACAGGACCUGGGCAUGGAGUCCACAUCUCUGGAUGACGUGUUGUACCGCUACGCCAGCUUCAGAAACCUGGUCGACCCAAUCACACAUGACUUGAUUAUCAGCCUGGCAAGAUACGUUCACUGCCCCAAGACGGAGGGCGACUCUCUGGGGGCGAUGGAGAAGGUUUGUCGUCAGCUGACUUAUCAUCUUAGCCCACACUCUCAGUGGAGGAGACAGGGUCUGCUCAAGAGGAAACCCCAGGCCUGUUUGAAGGCAGUGCUGUCAGCGCCUCCCUCCAGUGGAGCAUUGGACCUCUCGGGUAUCCCUCUGACGGCUCGGGACAUGGAGCGUCUGUGUUCACACCUGCAGCGUCACGCCUCCAUCGUGGUCAGUCUGGAGCUGGGCUUCACAGAGCUGACGGAUGAGGCUUUUCUGCUGCUGCUGCCCACACUGGCAUCCCUGCCACACCUGGAGACGCUUGCACUAAAUGGAAACAGGCUGACCAGGGCGAUCCUGAAGGAGCUGACUGAUGCUCUAAAGGAUCCAGGCAGUUUCCCUAGUGUGACGUGGAUCGACCUGGGCAACAACGUGGACAUCUUCUCCUUGCCACAGCCCUUUCUGGUCAGCCUGAGGAAGCGAUGUCCCAAACAAGGGAACCUCCCCACCAUCCUGGAAUUUGGAGAAAGCCAGGCCAGUGACCCCCCUGAGAGGCUGAGGGGUCUGGGGGAGGAGGAUGAAACAGACGAUACCAACCGGACAGAGAGCAUGGGCGAGCUGCGUUCAGAGGUAGAGGAGGAGCUGGAUGGAGAGAUGGAGAUAGAAGAGAUGAUGGAGGAGCUGCUGGACUUUGACCGGGAGGUGCAGGGGAAGGAGGAUGAAGAUGAGAGCAUGUGGACAGUGGAGGAGCAGAGGAGGGUGGGGAGGAGGCGGUGCAGGAGGAGAGGGGAGGAAGAAGAUGAGGAGGAGGAGGAGCAGAGGAAAAAGCAGCUGCCAGCAAGGAGGGCAACAGUGGUGGAGGAGGACGAUGACACACAGAGCCGCUCCUCCCACAUGUCCUGCUCCAGCCAGUCACAGCUCUCCUCUGGAGCAUUGGAGCCAAUGCGAGCGGAGGAGGACUAUGAUUUAGACGAGACAACCGACCAAUCAGAUCACCUGACCUGAGUGCUGCUACCUGCUAAUGUUUUUCCCUCUGUUGUCCAGUCUGGUCUGCAAGACUGAGCAUGCUCAAAGUCAACAAGGAAGCUGCAUUUGAGUGAAGUAAACAAGUUAACUCUUGCUGCUCUCUCCACUGAUCUGAGGUCAGAUCCUUGAAGGCUGACCAAGGUGACUCUCUGUGACUGUGGCAGGAGAAGACAGUCCCUUUCAGGACAUCUGCUUUACUGAACUUUUUCCUAUUUAUAGUAGGCUAUAAUAGACCAUGUUUCCAUGGCGGCCAUGUUCCCAUGACAUUACGCUCAGCAUGGAAAACACAAAUACUGUCAUCAGUUUGUAUUUUAUUAUUCCUGGUCAUAUAAGCAUAUAGAUUCUGAUUUCUAUUUAUCCCCUUCAAGUUGCAAAUCACCUUCCAUAACAGUGGAUACUGAAAAUUCAGAGGGAGAUUGGACUACAUUUAAAUAUGUCAAAUUAACCCUUUAGCUGUCAUCAAAUCAAAGGGAACAUUUAAUCAUAGAGACAACAGAAAAGGCCUGAAUGAAAAAGACAUUCAUUUUAAACAUAUAUAUGACCCUAAGUAAGAGUCACUGGCUGUUUCCAUGGUAACAAGGUUGCAUAAACCAUGCAGCUCUAUCUGCAGGCUUCACUGGUAUUUACACUGCACUAUUUCAUCAAUGUAGCCAAUAACCAAACUACAGAUGCUUUUUUAAAGAUUUAUUUGGGGGCUUUUUUUAUGCCUUUAUUGAUAGCAGAGGAUAGAUGUGGAAACAGGGACAAGAGAGACAUGCAGGAAAGUGCCUCAGGUCAGAUUCGAACCCAGGCCGACCACAUACAUGGGGCGUGCCUUAAAUUGCUUGGCCAGCUGCGCCCCAAACUAUAGAUUUUUUUAAAGUUACCUCAAACAUCAUAAUUAUAUUAUUGCUGACUAUUUGAGAAGUGUUUUUUCAUCAAACUGUGUGUUUUAGUAUCAGAUUGGAUUGCCAGUUGUUAUCAAUUGUACAAUUAACAGUUCAUGGCACAGUUGUCUUAACCUCAGUAUUGUGGAUACAAGCAACGAUUUAGUUUAUGUUUUGAUUUUACAAAAUCUUUUUAGAAUACCAGUAUUUUCAUUAAUGCAGCUAUUGAUGGGGAAUCGACAUUAAACUGCAGUGAUGAUACAAUAAUCCAUCUAUUCCAUUUAAAAUGUAUUAUAUUUAUAAACAUCAAAGAGUUAGCCAAGAGGUUGUACUAAGAAAAUAGACAAACAUCACAUUUUAUUGAUUUAUUUAAUUUAUUUAUUUAUUUGGAUCCUCAUUAGUCACUACCAAAGUAGCAACUACUACUACUUCAUAAAAACACAAUUAAACACAAAGUCAUUAAAUUAUCAUGAAACUAAUGGUGCAUUUCCACCAAAUGGUUUGGUUCAGUUCAGUUCUGUAACAUAAAACCUUAAUCUCAUAUGCAUUUUCACAGCCAACAUCCAUCCAGCCUUACUUGUAGCAAUGGUAAUCCAAGCUUUCCAAGAACUGUGGUUAAUCACAGUUAACUCAUGAUUUCACAAGACUGGCAUUUACUUUUUGACAUAGGGCCAGAUAGGUUUGGAUUUUUCCCCGUUAAUAAUAAAAUCAUCAUUUAUAAACUGCAUUUUGUAUUGACUUGAGUUGUCAUUAUGAGAUAUUAAAAUUGGUUUGGUGAUCCGAAACAUUCAAGUGUGAUAAAUAUGCAAAAAAAUCAGGAUUCAGAAAGGGGGCAAAUACUUUUUCAUGGCAUUGUACUUAAACCUGACACAUGUAGCGAUGUGCAGUCACAUGAGAUCUGCAUGCACAAAAUGUGUCAUCAUUAGUAUGCAAUAAUGCAUUGUCUUAACAAGCCUGUGUGGCUGGGGGAAUACUUCUGAUUAACACAUAGGCUCAAAACAAAGCAGCAACCUUCAUGGUUGAAAAAUGAAUCCAUCGAAGAAGAACAGUCUCUACAGCAGAAGUAAACAUGUUCACAGCCUGGUUAAACAAAAGAUUUUGGUCGGAGCGUUUUAGUUCAGUAGAAAAAAAUGUCACAUUAUCCAUUUUUACUGCUGUCACAUGGGAAGAAAUGAUUUUUUCAACUAACCAACCGGCUGUAGUGUGUCCAGCUCCACUCUUUUUGAACCAAAUAGGUAUACACUUGGGACCUCAGCAGAAGGGUGCCAGCAAAGUUGGACAGUACAGAUUGGUAUUUUGGUACUUUUCCCAACUUUUGGCUGUUGAAAUGCAAGUAGUGGGGUACCCAGCUGGAAGGAACUGAACCAUACCACAUGGUGCAAAAUGCAGCUUAACAUUGGACCUUGCAUACAGUCUGCACAAUUAAUGUGACAUGAUAGGUGCAAAUACAUCCAGUGAAUGUCCCUCAGGCUUAAAUAAAUAUGCUCCAAAUGGACAGUAAUGUAUUUUGUUAAUACAAGCCUAUUCUAUUCUGUCUGUGAUUAUCAUGCAUAAGUGAUAGCUAAAUGAAGGAAAUCAAACCUGUUUUUUAACAUGAAAUGUAGUCUGGAUUCUCAGUAUCCAUUGUCUUUGUAGUCACUUUCCAUUCAGGAAGUCAUAAUAUAAAAAAAGUGUUCAGAUUCUUCGUGUGUAAAACAAAUGAUGAAGAAUAUUACACUAUGAAUUAUGACUAAUUGUAUUUCCCACUCUGAGUGUGACAUCACAGGAGCAUGGCUGCCGUGGGAAUAUGGUCUAUUAGACUGUUGAUGCAUAUGAUAGGAUAGACUGGGUUAUUAUAUCACGUGGGGCUUUUAUGUACAGACUUUCAACCUUUAUUCAGGUCCUUUCCUCCUGCUAACCCUGCUAAUACCUACAUGUGCCUGUCACACGUUCCCCUUACUGCUGUGUGUUAGAAAACUAAGAUACACACAAACUAAUCAGGUCCCUUUAACACUUUGAGAGAGGUUUUUGCCAAACACUAGAAGAGGAAAUGUUUAAAAUGUUUCUCUCCCACAUAACACUGAUGAAAGGAAGCCAGAUGGAUCAGAAGGAAGCUGGUGAUCAAAAGGUUGCUUCGUGGAAGUCAGUUUCCUCAUAUGAGAAGAACAGAUGCAUCAUGAUUUGGUGGGUGAGAAAUAAAUCAGAAGAUGAAAUUAGUCAGCUGAAACCAAAAGACAUAAACAACUGAUACAGAAAGAGACCUUGUAAAGGCUUGAGGAAAUGUGAAAGUAUCCUGAUAGAUGAGAUUAGCGAUAUUCCAUUUAAGAUUCUGCUCAGAACGUAGAAUCCAAACACAUAUGACCAGACUUUAGUAUGAGAAGUGCUCUGGUUUCUGAUUGUUGUAUGAUUGUAGUCUGAGUAGUUUUGACGAAUCACAUGUCAGCAGGUUUUUUGUAAAACAGUCCGUAUGGAGAACUAAAGCCACCAAUCUGACAUCAGGCUUUCAUUGAAGGUAAUCUCUGUCAACAAAUAUCUUUAUAUUAGGACAAUGAAUAAUAUAUUUUAGAUCAAAUAUGUUAAAUUGAGCAUUAAUCUGUUUGGUGCUAUGUUACAAAAGUCAACCAGCACAGAUUGUCCAACUUCCUGGAACUGAAAAUGACCCAACCUCCAUUCAACAAACAAUUAUUUCAAAGUUGCUUUCUACUCAUAAGGACAUACCUGACAAAUCUUUCAUAUUUACUUUUAACAAAUCUGUGUGACAGUGUUGUUGUUGCGUGCAAACUUCAGGGUAUAAUAUGCAACAUUUUGAAAUGUUAAUAUAGCUGAUAUUAAAAAAUAUCCAAACUAGGUAGAUCUGUCUGUAAGGCCUUUCAAAAAGAGGGAAGUCCUCUGGGCUUGUUGUUUUCAGCCCUGUGCUCACUCUCACAUAACGGCAAUUCCUCCAGCUUGUUUAGGUUUUGAUGCUCAAACAUGUGUCAGUCACAUGACCCCUCCCUGUCCAAAAGCCCUGCCACGAUGUAGAGGAAGAGAGACAGCCACACCAAUUCAGAGAUGUAGUUUGUAGAGGCAUAAUGGCAGAGUUAAGUUGCAAGAUAGUAGGGCUGGCAUAUAUCGAAAUUUAAGGUUAAAUCACAGUAAGUCCCACUGCAACUUUUAAAACGCAGAAAGUGCAAUAUUUGAAUGUGUGUCAAAAUACCAAAAAAUACCAAAUGUAUACAUUUUUUGCAGCAGAUAUGUUAUGUUCUACACUUCAUGCAAACUUUCAAGUGUCAUUGUUUUUAGAAUAGCUUACAGACAUUUUUUUUGUUUAUGUUUGACAUGAAAUCAUCUUUCCAUUUAAUACAAUAGUUCAUACCACAUUUCUAAUUAGUCAAAAUAAUCACAAUUAGAUAUUUUUUUCCAAAUUUUUAAGCCUUAAUGUAAUUUUCCAAACAUUAUGUGUGUUGUUAUACAAUGGCUCACUGCCUGCUUGUUAAGAAAUACAUCAAACAAGGAAUUUAAAAAAUAAUUGCAUAGUAAAUUGCAGUCAAAAUAUUGGGAGAAAAAAAUUGCAAUUUGAUUAUUUUUCCAAAUCAUUGUGCAGUAGAAUGGUAAACUGACUUUUCAAACUGAAUAAAAGAUGUUUUUGGUCUAUAAUACUUCAAAGAAAUAAAUACAAAGGGCUGCAUAUCAGAACGAAGAUUAGUUAAAGACUUGACUACUCCCACACUGUAAGACUGAGCAAUUGAAGAGUGUAAAAAAAAAAAAAAAGUUGUGUUAGCUUAAAAAUCCAAAAUAGCUGUUGAAGUUCUAUUUUUCUGAGUUGAUGUAGCACACUUAAGUUUUAAGUAAACAGUACUAGAUCAUUCUGAGACUGUUUUUCAUUGUUCCCAAAAUGCCUUUGACACUUUUGCACCAUGAGUGAAGUUACUGACUCAGUGAGAGAAGUCCCACCUGUAGACAGCAACUGUAAUAGACAGUGGACGGUACACUCAAAAGAGGAGGACUUCCUGGUUCAGUGUGUACUUUUCAUUUAUUGUCAGUUGUAGUCCCUGAUGUUGGACUACCUCUGUUUCUACAACUUAAAAACUUUGACAUCAUCAGUUUCAACAAAAAUUUGGAGCAGUUUUAACUUGUUUCAUUUUACAGUGCAGUAAGAACACAGUGAGGGGACAAAAAGUCAUGACAGCAGACCUAUUGCCAAAUCUGAGAGAAAAAUUAGUGAUCACAGAGCUUACUCAAAUUCCUACCAAAAAGUCAUGACUGCGGACCUGUCAUCCAAAUUUGAAAAUAAAUAAAUAAAUAAAUCAACACUCUUGGAAAUGAGUUCAAAUUUCAACUAACAUGAGUUGAUAGGGGUUGCUGAGGGGACAGUUUAUUCAGAUCGAUAAUAAAGUGCAACACCUACAGGGAGGGCUAAUCCAAAAACCAUAUAUCAUGCCUUUAAGGUUCAUAAAUUACAAGUAAAUCACAAGUAAACUGGUUUGUCAAUUUCAGUCUUUUUAACUACCAGAACACAAAUUCUAACAGUACAUUUACCAAUAUAUGUAUUCACAAAAAUCUGUAAUACACAACACACUGUCAGACCAGAUGUCUGUUUUCUGCUUCUGAAAUCAUAGGGCUACAGAAUUAAUCACAAAAUCAUCAUCAUCACAAUAAUUACACCAUAAAGGGCUGCCUUUAUCGCCAUGAAAGAAAAACCUCUACAUGCGCACACUAGGGACAGCAAACAUACUGGUUAAACAUUGUCACCCUUGUUAACACCAGAACUACAACUUGGUCAGGCUAAUAAUUGAUGUUUGUAUUGACAUCAGCUUGUAAUACUAGUUAAAUGUAGUGUCUAAGCCAUACCACAGCUACCUGCCUCUAAAUUAAUGUGCCAGUGGACAGAUGGUAGCUCAUAGUUCUGUGUUUUUUGGCAGUAUUUUGAUCUAGAAAAUGGAGAUUAAGUUGUCUGUAGGCUGUGUCAGGUUUGUAGCCACAUUCUAGACAGACAGGUGUAGCUACAGUCUUCCUUGGUGACCUACAAGGAAGACUGAAGGCUAAUACUUUAGCCACACUGUGCAAACCAAUUUGAUAUUCCUUACUUGCAGUUGUGGUGAUCCAUGUACUCAACUCUGGCUAUUUUCUAUGUAUUACAUCUAUACCAGUUCAGAUUUAAUUGCAUUGUAGUCAGGCCAAAACCUCCUAUCUCCAAAAUCAUCACUUUUCAGGGAAAGGGGAAAAAACACUGUAUUUUUAGUACAAUGUAACACCUAUUAUAAUAGUCAUUUAGUAGUCAGUCAUUGGUUAAUAAUUUGUAAAACCAACUGAAAGAUGGAAAUGAUGAUGAUUUAUGAAAAAAGCGUAAAAAUAAUGAAAAAUUGAGAUAGGAGGUUUUGCCUGAAAACAGCAUUUUGCAUAUCAUCAAUAGUGAAAUCAGUAAACAUCCCUAGCAUACACAAUCCAGAACACGUAACCCCAAAAAGAGCUCUCUAUGGGCAAAGCAUUCAGGCCUUUGUAUUUCCAGCUAUCAAGCAGCCACAUUCAGUUUGAACUGGGUCAGUUGGGUGAUAACUGCAAGGUUAGCAAGCAUCGUGACAAAGAAGGGAGAGCAGGGUGAGGAAAAUAUGUUUGAUGGAGAGCCUUGUGAGGGAGAGAAAGAAAUUUACAAGGUGCCCUUUAAGACAUGCUUUACAGGAACCAUAAAUUAUGACUUAUAUGCUCAUUUCAACAUUAUUCAUUGCACAUCAUUAAAAUAUCUGAUAAUGUUAUCACAUAUUCCAGGUUUUCAUGUCACAGAGGCCUAAUGGUAUCAUGUCAGGAUAAAAUGGUAAAUUAUCAGAGGAGGCAUUAAAGAGUAGGAUGCAAAAUCAUUUGUAGUUGGAGUUGGAGUGGGAUGUUUCAUAUUUGAAAUAAUGAGGGAUUUGAUUUUUAAGAAGAAAAUGUAUAUACAGGACAAGAUCAGCAAAGAGAGAAAAGGUACCACUUUGUCUGAAGGGCUUGCCAAAAUCAACACAACCUGAAAGUUUCUCACAGGGGCUUUAAAAAACAAGUGAAUUCUUUCUGCAGAAAUCCGCUGAUGCCUUGUGCCCUGCUAAAGUAUAGUUUUUACUAUGUCACAUAUUAAUUCCUCAUUGCUUGUCCUCAUAAGUCUGAAUGAUUGGUAACCUCUUGGGAUGGGGGGGUCAAAAGAUGUGUCAAAUGCCCUCUUUUCUGUAAGCAUGAGCAUUAAACAGAAAGCCUGAGUGAGCGUAAGCUAUAUAUACACAAAAUCCUUGAAAAAUUCUUGAAAUUUUGGAGAUGGCUGCAUGUGUGGAAAAAAACAGUCAAAAUGUUCUGCCCUACUUUACCCCCGACUUUUUCUGCUGGCAACCCAUGAAAACUUUUGAGUGAAGUCAAAGUGAGCAAAAGUGUUAAAGUAACAGGAAAUAAUGAGGAAAAUUCAUGGCGUGGGUGAGGUGAUGAUGGCACAUCACACAACUGUAAUGAUUUUCAUGAACACGAUGAAGCUGCUUCAUACUCUUUUCUGCUUUCCAUCAUUUUUCCGCUGAUUGUAAAGUCAGUGAAUUUUUCUAAUUACAUGUAUCAUUGAUAAAAGGCAGAGGUGUCAUUCUCCAUCUUGGAUUUCACAGCGUCUUUUUAACGUCCUGCCCUGCGUCCUGAGACCCCAACAGUAAAAACUUCACGCUGAGGGGCAAAUGCGAAGAAGCAAAGCCCCUGAGAAAGAUUUCAGGGACAGUAGAAUUCUCUAGAAAUUUUCAAGAGUGCAUAUGUGAAAUCAGCAAGAAAUAGCUGAAACCCAGUUUAGCGAUACCUGUUACCUCUGAUUGGGGCUUUUGAGCAACAAAAGUCUGGAUAUGUUGAACUUACCUUACAAAACAGCCCUCUGGUGAAUCAAGUAGAAAUGUUCAUUAGUUAAUUUUCUCAUAAUCAAAUUCAUAUUUCACUCCACAGUACUCUACACUCACCGACAGCCCUGGGUUUUGAUACAACCACACCUGCAAAUACUGUCCACUGAGUUGCAACUGUUUAUAUCUACAUGUAGUAUGUAUGUAGCUCUCACCCAGCCUGUGCUUUCCCUUCAUGUGCCCAAUAAAGUUUGAAGAAUCAAGCUGUUAUUUUUGGAUGUAAAGAGUAUAUAUUGUGCAGGAGUGAUUGUCUGGAUUGUAGAUUGAAGAUGAAUACCACUUUAUUCAAGGAUAA